AUUGAGCUCGAAGAGGACAAUGGAGGCGGCGGUUACAUGUCAUCCCUGGAAAUGUUCCACCAUCUUCACUGCCUCAACGUCUUGCGAAAGUGGACCCACCUGGACCACUACAAGGAGAUCGAUCCAUUCUGGCACAAAUCGAACAAGUACCAUCUUCGCGAGCAUACGGAUCACUGCAUCGACAUCAUUCGACAAGUUUUGAUGUGUCAUUCCGAUACGGGAUUGGUAGUGUUUCACUGGACGAAGAAAACAGCGACGCCGAGCCCUUAUUUCAGUACUAGCCACAAGUGUAGGGAUCCGGAGGAGGUUUUAGCGUGGGCGAAAAGUAAUGCCAAACCU